CUGCCCGUUCAUUGUUGGGAGGCCUUGGCAACAAUCUUGGUGUACAGGGAACGCCACAUGAGAUGUCAUGCAGUGAGUUCUUGUUUCAGCAAUGCAGGACUUUCAUACAGAUGAGGACCAAUCUUAAAGUUGUGGACAACUCAGGGGCAAAACGAGUGAUGUGCAUACAAGCUCUGAAGGGGAAGAAAGGGGCGAGACUAGGGGACACGAUAGUUGCAUCAGUAAAGGAAUCCCAACCUGGAGGCAAAGUGAAGAAAGGAGAUGUUGUUUAUGGCGUUGUCGUGCGUGCUGCCAUGCCGCGGGGCCGUUGUGAUGGGAGUGAGGUCAAGUUCGAUGACAAUGCUGUGGUGCUUGUCAACAAGCAAGGCGAGCCAAUAGGAACCAGAGUAUUUGGGCCAGUCCCACACGAGCUAAGGAAGAAAAAGCAUGUCAAGAUUCUUAGUCUUGCGGAGCAUAUUGCCUGAGGUUAGAAGGCCAAGUGCACUCAGUCAAGCACAUCUAGCAUGCCAAUGUCAAUGCAAAGGCCUACUCCAUCAAGCAAGGCAGAGCCAAUUCACCCAAAUUCCAGUCAGUCAAGCAGGGGUAGUAGGCUAGUUCCCACUCACCCACAUUUCAAUCAACCAAGGGUAGCAGCCCAAGAAUUUUUCUUUUCUUUUGUUUUGUUUGUGUAUCAAGGGUAACAGAGAGACAAUUGCUUUUGUGGGAUUUUGUUUUGUGUACCGUUGCUGCUGUUAUUUUAUAUGAUUAAUUGAAUGUUAGUUUGUAUUCUUACUA